UCAUGGAAAUUGACCUUAACGUUCGAUAAAUAUUUAUUUCCAGUUGGAAGAAACAAAAGUUUUACAUUAUCUGUUGUAUACAUAGUUUAGUGUUUGUGCGUCGUGUAUUAAUUAUUGUUAAGUUCAUUAGAUAUAAAUAACUUAUGUAAUUUAGUUCAAAUUUCAACAUAUUUAAUUGCUAACCUACCAACCAGUUUUGUAUGCUGCCAAAUUGUAAUGUUACAGAUUAAAAGUGUUCAAAAAUAUGUCCAAUAAUCCGUACACUAUUCGCUUUUUUCGUAGUCACUCUGCAGAUCUCCCAUUUAUGACACACAACACACGAACAACUCUUACCAAUGUUAUUAGAGAAAUUGGACCUAUUGUGGAAACUGCUAGAAAUGUAAAUGCAGGCGUACAGAAUGCGAUAUCUUCGAGUUUCCUGAACACGUCUUCGUCGCAAUCAGAAAACAACCAGCCAUCAACAUCCAGAGCUGAUGAAAAUAAUACAUUCAUAAUAAACUUGGAUCUUCCAAGAAAUGAUGGACCAGAUGCUGAAAACUUACAUGCACAUCCAGCAAAUUAUGUUAACAAUGCAGGCAAUAAUGCAAAUAAUAAUAACAAUGCAGAUGAAGUGAUAAAUCAGGAGGGUCCGACACAUGCUGAAGUUCAACAAUUUUUAAAUGUGAUUCUUAAGUAUGUUCCCUUUAUCUUCAUACUUAUUGCAAAAACACUAUAUGAUUAUCAUCAAGGAAUCUUUUUACUUAUCAUACUUUUUAUCACAUUUUGUCAUUCAAAUUCUACAGUAAGGAAAGAAACUAUUAAAAGACAUAGACGAAGUUUGUGGACAUUAUCUAUUGAACUGUUGUACAUAUUUGCUUGUUUAUAUUUCAUUCGUUACAUAUUUGAAGAUGAGUUACACAAUUUUAAUAUUGUUUUCAAUCUGGUUUUAAUAAGAACUGAAACUCCAUUACUCACAGUCUGGAGUUUAUUGUGGAUUGUGGUUAUUACUGAUUUUAUUUUAAAAUUAGUCACUGUAACCAUAAAAAUUUUAUUAACAAUGUUGCCUGGAAAUAUCAUUGAUUUCAAGAAAAGAGGUAAAAUAUAUUUGUUUAUUGAGGCCAUAUCACAAUUAUAUAGGAGUAUUACUACAAUCCAGCCAUGGCUUUACUAUUUAUUGGAAUCAUAUCAAGGACCUGAAAAAAUUGUGGCUGUCUUCCUAUCAGCAUUUUAUAUGAUUUCAAAAGGAAAUGAUUUAAUGAUUAAAAUUACAUUCCUUAGAAAAGCUUUUCUUAAGUUGUUGCAAAAUGUGACGAUCGGAUCAUCUCCAAGUAAAGAUCAAAUACAAAGUGCUGGAGAACAUUGCCCUAUUUGUCACGACGAGUACGAGGCACCUGUUCUGUUACAAUGUCGACACAUUUUCUGUGAAAGUUGCGUGACCACCUGGCUGGAUAGAGUACAAACUUGUCCACUGUGUAGAGCGAAGAUAGUUGACGAUCCUUCUUGGCGAGAUGGCUCAACAUCUCAUUUUAUGCAAUUAUAUUAAAUUUUAACGAUUUAGUAGAUAAUAAGUUAAUUUGUCUGACGAUUUUGUUGUUAAUUUUGUCUUACUUUGUAACAUUAUAUUGUUGUUAUUGUGUAUGAAAAUUGUAGGGUUAUUUAUUUUUUCAUUGUUAUUUUUAUUGAUUUUGAGGAAAUUAAUAUUAUUAAUAUAUAUUAUACUUUCAAAUGUAAAAAAUAAGUUUUAACCAGUGCACAAGAAAUCUAUUAGAAUAGAUUUUUUAAGAACUGAUAUUUAAUAUAUUGAGCUAAAAAUAAAUAUGUGAUAUGUAAGUAUAAGAUAAGUACUAAAUAUUAUAUGUAUUACAUAUAUAUUUUAUUUUCAUUUGUGAUGCAAUAGAUCUACUAUUAACAAAAAAAUUCCAAUCCAAAAAAUAAGUAUAAUGAUUUUUA